AAAAGGGAAAUCGUUUUGGGUCCAUUUAGGUCUGGAUGCAUCCUUUAGUUGUUAACAGGAAAAGAGGAAAACGCGCUUUUCUUUUUCUCAGUUUCACCCCGCACAUCCUCGCCGGGUUCUGAUGACUGAGUCAGAGCUUCCCACUUCCUCAGCACGCGCACCUGAGUUUGUCCCGUUUACUUACGGAGUUCUAACUUUUCCACUUUCUUUCUUUCUCUCGCGCUUCUGUACUCAUCAUUAACACCUCAAACACGAGCAUUUAGUAUUAAAAUAAUCGGCUAAACCUUCGCAGGACUGGAGAAGUGGAAAUGAAGAGAGAUUUUACGUGUUUCUGUCGGAUUUGGUUUGGGAUCGCUGCUGCUUCAGGUCUGGUGAUUGGCUAUUCUAUGACUCCACCCACCCUUGACAGCCCCAAAGAAGACCUUGUGAUCCGUGCAGAUGAAACACUGACCAUUACAUGCAGGGGGCAGCGCACUCUGUCCUGGGUGUGGCCUGAAGCAAGCCUGUCUGAAGAGGACAUGAGUUACCGGCAGGAUGGCCCCAGGCCCAGUUUAGCCUCGGGUGGAGAGGCUGAGGACGGGGCGCUGGGCUGGGUAAGGGCUGGAAACCCCAGACCAGGCCAGAGAAGGGCACUCUGGGUCCUGGAGUGUCAAGGUGAGCCUGGGCUACCCUACUGCAAGACCCUGGUCCUCACGGGAGCCAAAGGCAAUGACACAGGAAACUACCGCUGCUACUACAGGGACAUCAAGGCUGUCAUCGAAGGAACAACGGCUGCCAGUGUCUACGUCUUCGUCAGAGAUCUGCACCAACCCUUCCUGAGGAGGAACAGAGGAAACAAUGAUGACCUGGAGACCAUCUUCAUCGCAGGCUCCUCUAGUCACAUCACAGUGCCUUGUCUAGUUACUGUCCCUGACCUCAACGUCACACUGUACCUGUGGGACACGAUGCCCAUGCCUCUGGAGGACAGAGGAACGGUGUGGGACAAUAAACAAGGCUGGUCCAUCCCCAGGCAGACGUUAGAAUCCAGACCCUUUCUCAUUGGCUUCUUCUGUCAGACCACUUUGCAGGAGCUGGAAUACCGUUCUCCACUUUACCUGGUUCAUUCCACAGGAAGUCAGGUUUACGACGUGAAGCUGUAUCCGGAGGACUCUGUGGAGCUGAUCGUAGGGGAAGCCCUAACCCUCAACUGUACCGCGACCAUAGAGUUUGACACACCUGUCGAAUUCCAGUGGUUUUACCCCAGAAAACAGAUGAAUAGUUCAGUAAGCGUAGUCCACCAGCGUAACUCUCUGCUGCGUUUCACGGAGGCCGUCAGCAUCCUGACCAUCCAGAGUGUCAAUACGACAGACACCGGGACAUACACCUGCUCUGCCAUCAGUGUGGAAAAAUCCUUGGACCUGGCAACCCAAGUCAUAGUGCAUGAGAAGCCAUUCAUCAGCCUGGACUACAGAAGUGGCUCGGUUGUCGAGGCAACAACAGGACAGAAGUCUUUUAAACUGUUGGUAAAAGUGUCAGCGUACCCCAGCCCAGACACUCAGUGGUAUAAAGGUGACAGGUUGAUUAGCCGCCGCCCAGAGUUCAACAGGAUGCGUCUCCACCAGCACCACACGUUAGAGAUCCGAGACGUACAGCCCGAGGAUGCUGGAAACUACACCGUCGUCCUAAAAAACACUGCCGCCCUGCUGGAGAGGAGGCUGACCAUCACGCUCACUGUCAAUGUUCCGCCUCUGAUCCAUGAGAAGGAAGUUGCCCCGCCCUCUAACCCGUAUCGCCGUGGCAGCAGCCAAACCCUCACCUGUACAGCAUAUGGACGCCCCGCGCCUGUCAUCACGUGGCAGUGGCGUGCCUGGAGCCCGUGUGGACCCAACAGCUCCCGCCGCAUGAGUCGGAGGGACCGUAAGGGCCGUAGCGACCGGAUCUCAGACUGUCAGAACUGGCAGGACAUGGACUCGGAGAACAAUGGUAACAGGACAGAGAACAUUGAGACCUCAGUGGAAGUGGUGGAUGGCCGUGAGAAGAUUGUCAGCCGACUGGUUAUCCACAACGCCAGUGUGUCUGUCAUGUAUAAAUGUUCUGCUGACAACAAAGUGGGCAGAGACCAGAGGCUCAUAUACUUCUAUGUGACCACCAUCCCAGAGGGGUUUAGUGUUGAGCUGGGUCCAACUGAGGAACCGCUGGAACAGGAGAAUGUGUGGCUCCGCUGCAGUGCUGACAACUACACUUACGAACAGCUCACCUGGUAUCGCCUGGAUCCACAGGCGCUGCAGGACAAGAGAGGGAAACCAUUGGAUCUGGACUGUCCUAGCCUCCACCUGUAUGCCGACCGCCUUGACGGGGAACUGGCCUAUCAGGAGGAGUCCAACAGCUGGGUCCUGGCCACAACCAUACCCAAGGUCACACUGCAGGACGAAGGGACCUAUGUGUGUGAGGUGCAGAGAAGACGAAGCCGAGCCAAACACUGUCUGGGAAAAUACAUCUCUGUCAAAGCUCUAGAAGCCCCCCGCUACAUACACAAUCCAUCCAAUCAGACGGUGAAUGUCAGCGAGUCUCUCUUGAUGGAGUGUGACGUAGAGGGAACUCCUUUGCCACGCCUCUCCUGGUUCAAAGACAACCAGCCCUUGCACCUCAUGUCAGGAGUUCAGUUGCAGGACGCCAACAGGACAUUGAGUAUCCAGCGUGUCAGAGAAGAGGACGCUGGUCUCUACACCUGCACUGCCUGUAACCAGAGAGGCUGUGUACAGUCCUCGGCUGUUGUCACUGUGCUGGGUUCCAGCGACCGGGCUAAUGUUGAAAUUGUAAUUCUUAUCGGGACGGGUGUCAUCGCUGUGUUCUUCUGGGCUCUGCUCAUCCUCAUAUUCUGCAAUGUUAAACGGGUAAACCAAGCAGACAUAAAGUCAGGCUAUCUCUCCAUCAUCAUGGACCCAGGAGAGGUUCCACUGGACGAGCAGUGCGACUACAUCCCCUACGACUCGUCCCAGUGGGAGAUUUCCAGAGAUCGCUUGCAUUUAGGGAAGGUUCUUGGUCAUGGUGCAUUUGGGAAGGUCAUUGAAGCGUCCAUAUUCGGCGUCAGCAAAAACAGCAGCUUAAACACUGUUGCGGUGAAGAUGUUGAAAGAGGGAGCGUGUGCCAGUGAGCACAAGGCUCUGAUGUCUGAACUGAAGAUCCUGAUUCACAUCGGGAACCAUCUGAAUGUGGUCAACCUGCUUGGGGCAUGCACCAAACCCAACGGACCCCUCAUGGUCGUAGUGGAGUACUGCAAGUACGGAAACCUGUCCAACUACCUGAGGGCCAAGCGAGAGUUCUUCCUACCAUACAGGGACCGCUCCCCCAAGACCCAGAGUCAGGUGAGACGCAUGAUUGAGGCGGGACAGGUUGAGCAAAGGGGCCGCCUCCCUCCCUCCCCAUCCUCCGCCUCUGUUGGCCGAACCCGGAAUCAAUCAUCCGGCAAAUCUAAUCAGAAGAGCACCCCUCCUGCUGUGGAGAAAACGGAGGACCUAUGGAAGACUCCUCUGACCAUUGAAGAUCUGAUCUGUUAUAGCUUUCAAGUGGCGAGAGGGAUGGAGUUCCUGGUCUCCAGAAAGUGUAUCCACCGUGACUUGGCAGCGAGGAACAUCCUGCUGUCUGAGAACAAUGUUGUGAAGAUCUGUGACUUUGGCCUGGCGAGAGACAUCUACAAAGACCCUGACUAUGUCAGGAAAGGCAACGCUCGUCUGCCUCUGAAGUGGAUGGCCCCAGAGAGUAUCUUCGACAAGGUCUACACCAGUCAAUCCGAUGUGUGGUCCUUUGGCGUUCUGCUCUGGGAGAUCUUCUCUCUGGGUGCUUCUCCGUACCCUGGGGUCCAGAUUGAUGAGGACUUCUGUAAACGAUUGAAAGAGGGAACCAGGAUGAGAGCCCCCGAAACAGCUUCCCCUGAGAUCUAUGGGAUCAUGCUGGCCUGCUGGCAGGGCGAGCCCAGGGGGAGACCUACCUUCCAAGCCCUGGUAGAUAUCCUGGGAGACCUGCUGCAGGAUAACAGCCUACCAGAUGGUAAGGACCACAUCCCUCUGAAUGUGUCCCAGAGUUCUGAGGAUGACGGGUUCUCUCAGGCUUCGUCACGACCCCCCUCUCAGGAAGAAAUGAGACUGGCAUGUCACAGCCUUCCCAUCAGGUAUUAUAACUGCGUACCCUUUGCGGGGUGUGUUUUCGUGGGGCCGUCAAAGCUGACGUCAUGCCAGCCCAGAGUCAAGACCUUUGAGGAGCUACCGACAGAGAUGACAUCGCAUAAAACCCAGAACAGUGACAACCAGACAGACAGUGGGAUGGUUCUGGCAUCUGAGGAGUUUGAAAGGAUUGAACACAGGGGAGCUAAUAGGAGUACAGAGCGCCUGGUGGUUAUAGAGUCCAGUGGGGGCUCAACUUCUAGGGAGCGACCAGUCUUCCUCUCCCAGCUCUCUGGCCAGACCUUCUACAACAACGAGUACGGUCAGCUGUCCGAGGGAGGUGGAGUCCUGGACUUCUCCUCAUCCGACGACGCCCCUCACAGCUGCCUCGCCUCCAACCUGUGAUGUGUCUCUUUAUCGAUCUACACAGAAACAUGUGAUGCCAUCAUUGCUGGCCUCCUUCAACCUGUGAUGUCAUUAUUAUCAUCUGCCUUCUCUUAGCUGUGAUGUCAUAAGCCGCCUCCUACAACCUGUAAUGUCAUCAUUAUCAUAGUCAAAGUGUGCUAGUCCCACCUCACACAACUUGUUAUACAGUGGGUUCUGUUACACUGGAAUCCUACCUGAAUAUCACUGUUUUAUAGUUGUUUCAGCAAAUGAACUACAAAUGAAAUGAAGUGGUCUUCAAUUGAGAUUGUAGGCUUUUUUGCCACAAUGUUAGGAGUAUAUCGUAGUAUACUCCAUCCCAUUUGAAUUCCAAGUAGUAUACUCAGUUACAUGUCAAUUCCUUGUAGUAUACUUAAUUCCAUCUCACUCCCUCCCUACCUUCUCCUUGGCCUUUUGGCCCAUACUGGACUGAGCCGUCUGUGCCUGCAGGUCUCUAACCAGCCACUGGGUGGCAGGAUUAUGUCAAAACCAAACCCAAGUAUUUUAUAUAAACCAGUUAUAUUUUUAUCAUCUUUAUACAGAGUAAUGCUUCUUUUGUUUAUUUGUACAAAAAUAUGAAAAGAAAUAAAGCAAUAUAUCUUC